GAUAUUAUUAAAUAGGUACCUAUGUAAAAUAAAACUAAAUACACAUUAAAUAAACAGGAAUAUCUUAAAUCCUUAUGAUGUUACUUAAUAUAUAAAUAUAGUACGAAUAUAUAUACACUACGGUAAUCACCAUAGAUCUUGGUAUAAUCCACGGUUUAAUCACUAUCACUUUGUUGAUGAGUGACCAUGGCAACGAAAUUAUUCUGUUUUCACUUGAAAUAUUACUUUUUUUUAUAAAUAAAACGUAAACACAGUCUUUUCUGUUUGAAAUUAUUAAAUUAAACACAAUUUUGUGCUAAUGGAAGACAUAAAAGAUGAUGCUAUACAUCACACAGCCAUGAAACUUGCAGAAGAAAUCAAAAAUCUUUCAAUUUAUAAAUCAUUUUAUAGCGACGUACAAAAACUGGUUUCUUCGCCAAAUGUUAAAAAAGAAGACUUCAAACAAACAUUACAGCAAGCAAUGAAAGAAAAAGGUUUGGACACGAAGCUCAGAAACACAGUUUUUCAUUGGGUCAGAACACAGAAUAAAAAUAAAUUAGAUCCUCUAACAUCAUUGUCAAAAGCCAGUGCUCAGUGGGAGAAAAGAAUUCACAAAUCUUUAAAUUCGAUGUGUUCAGAUUUAGAGACAUCAUUGGCAAAAAUUCGACCGCAGACAGAACACGAGGAGCUUGCAGAAAAAUGGAAUGAACUCAGUACUUAUAGUUUAGAUUUGUCAAAAUAUAGACCAGUGUACGCGCCUAAAGAUUUUUUAGAUGUUUUAUUGACGUUAUCCGGAUAUGUUCCCUUUACGAGAGAAGAUGAACCUAAAUGGGAAUUUGCGCAUCUACCUCUUCAAGUUAAAAAUUUGGAUCAAUUGCGAAAAACUUACGUAGAAUGGGCCAAUGGAGAGCCAUUAUUAGGCGUUAAUCCGAACAUGCCGAGCAUAGUCCAAGGUUUCGCCACCCUCGAGGCAGAGAGGAUAGCUCUCGGCGAGAGAGUGGCGGCCCUGGGCUACGCGCCCGUCAUACAGGAGUACUUGAAGAAAGGCAGUCCACAGUGCCUGAGGGCUAGACUUUGGUCACAAGUUUUGGGAGCCGAAGUAAAACAGCAGCAAACAAACUACUUCAAUCAACUGAAGAAAAGUGUUCUGGAAGUGGACCUAAUGAUUGAUAAGCUGAUCUUCAAGGAUGUGCAGCUGACAGCUUCCAACGAUGACCAAUACUUUGUUUUCGAAGAUUUACUGUACCAAGUGAUGCUGUGUUUCUCCCGGGACUCGGAAGUGCUGAGCGCCGUCCGCUCGCUGGCGGGCGCGGCGCUCACGGUGGCCGUGAAGGGCCGCCACGGACCCGACUGCCUCACCGCCUUCCCGCCCAGCGGGGUCAUACCCUUCCACGGGUUCACCAUGUACGCCACUCCAUUUUGUUAUUUAUACGACGAACCGGUGCAGCUGUAUUACAUAUUCCGCGCUUUCUAUAUGCGCUAUUGGCAUCGGCUGCAUUACAUCUCCACACAUCCACAGGGCAUAGUUUCACUUUGCCUUCUCUACGAGAGGCUGCUAGAAGCAAAUGAACCCUUACUGUGGAUACAUUUCAGGAAUAUCAACGUUAAUCCCAUUCGAGUGGUGUUCAAAUGGCUUAUGAGAGCAUUUAGCGGUCAUCUACCACCGGAUCAGCUCUUACUGCUUUGGGACGCCAUCCUCGGCUACGAUUGCUUAGAAAUCCUCCCUCUGCUGGCGAUCUCGAUACUUAGCUUUAGGAAAGAGAACAUUUUUCAAGUGAACACUUUACAGAAUGUUGACGCCGUAUUGGCGGAUUUGUCUACAAUUUCUGUUAUACCGUUGUUGCAGUUAGCGUUAAUGAAACCUUAACAAUAUAGUUCUAUUAGAGAUAUCUUUUACAGGGUUACCUGUUUGGUGAAUAUUUUAAUUCUUACACUUAUACUGGGGAUGAGAGAUUUCCUGCACAAGAUGUUUGUAAAUUAGUCUUGUGAAUACAAUUUGUCUCUGUUCUAACGAAACAGAUUAGUUCUAAACUAAGACUUGCACUGGAUCUCUGAAGCUAUGAAGUAGAAAGGACGUAGCAUAUUACAUUUUUAGUUAUUGUUAUUAAGUUAUUAAUAUCUAAAUCCUAUUUUGGUUAAUACGGAAACGUUAGAAAUAUUUUAAUUUAAAAUCUUUAGUUAGUUUGCACUUACCCGCCUGACUGCAAAACAUAGUUGCAAUGUGUUAAAGUCUAUGGAUCAAUUCAAGACGUAACACAAGUGACAUCUGGCUUUAUUCAUAGACAAUUAAUAAGAUAUUGAGUUGCAAGCUAAAAUAAUUUAAUUACUAUACUUAAUUGUAUUCUAAAUUGAUCUCAAGAAUGUACCUUAUUUUAUACAUAUUAUUGUUAUUACUAAGAAACUUCCAUAAACCAAGUACCUAUUGAGUAAUUGAUACCUAUAGUAUGCGCCAAACAUCUCAUCUCAUUUACGCUUCUAGCUCAGAUGGUUAGAAGUAGGUAUAGUCAUACUAUGCCAGAGCAUUGAUUUUACCAAUAUGUUAAAUAAUAAUUAAUUAUUGUAUCGCGGAUUUGUUUUGUAUAGGAUUUUUAUAGUAUUUUUUUUUGUUUUGUAGAAGUUUUAUUGUAAUAAAGUACAAGGCUGUUA